AUGUUUGAGCUUAAGAUAGGGAAAAGUGGAGCUAGUGAGGCCGAAGAAGAGAAGUACGAUGGGGGUAAAUGCUCCUUUAACUUCUUAAAGAAGGUACUUGAAGGUGUUGGUGAGAUCAUUAAGAGCUCAGAUAUUAAAAUAACAGCUGAAGGAUUGUACAUUCAAGCAAUGGACCCCAUGCACGUUUCGAUGGUUGAUAUCUUUUUGAAGAAUACUGCCUUUGAAAGCUACCGCUGUGAUAAAAACAUCAUACUAGGCGUGCCUUUACCGGCUAUUCUAAAGAUCUUUAGAAGUUUACCAGUUGAUGGUGCAUCUUCUGUGCUUUUAUCAGCAGACGAUGAUGCGACCGACUUGAAUAUUGUUUGCGAGGAAGGAAGCAAGAAGUACAGCUACAAGCUAAAGCUUAUGUCAACUGGUGAGGAAGAAUACUCUUUCCCAGCCCAGGUUUAUGACGCAUCAAUUGAAAUAUCAGCUGGUGAGAUGCAGCGAGUGAUUAGGACCUUAGGAGCCUUUGGCGAGAUUCUUCAAGUCUCUGCCAACCAGAAAGGAAUGCUCUUUACGCAGCAGUCGGAUGUGGGUGAUAGUGAAGUCUUCUUCUCCAUGGAGGAGAGUGGCGAGAAUAGUGAAAAGCGAGAAGUAACUUUGAAUGUGGCUAAAGACACCGUGCUAAGCUUCCCUUACAAGUACUUGGCCACGUUUGGUAAGUUUGGAUCUCUGGGUCACAACAUUCGGAUUAGCAUGUCUGAAGACUAUCCCGUGCAUGUAGCCCUGAACAUGUCAAUGGGGUAUUUGAAUUACUACAUUGCCCCUCGUGAGCAAUGA